AUGCGGGUGGUGCUUAGCGGACGACGCCGGGUGGGUCUCGCGUGUUGUGUGUUGUCUGUCAAUCCUAGUGAGCUAAGUAGUGUGCGGUUGGCGGAAGGUGGUGGAGAGGUCGAGACGUUGUGGGCGCCGGCGAAGAGGGAGGGGCUGACUCGUUAUUGGGUGCCGCCGGAUCGGCCCGCGUACGAGGUCCUGCAGCCGGUCGUGGGUAGACCGAGCUGCGGGCCUGAGGGGUGGACGACGGUCGAGGGGCGGCCGCUGUACGUGCAGUUCCCGGAACCUGCUGGAGAGUUGUCGUCUGUGCGGGCGGGUAUGGGCAAGUGUGUGGCUGUAGACAAGUGUGGGGCCAUAGACGAGAGAGAGGUCCAAUGGCUGAGUCGUUACUGGGAGCCGCUGGAGCGGACGACAUACGAGGCAUUGCGUCCGGUGGCAAGAUUUUCUCGGGGGUAUCUUUCCGACCGCGGGAGGGCGGUGGCUGCGGCGCUAGGCCCCCAGACGCCGCCUGAGUGGACGAUCGUCGCUGAGUUGCCGUUGUACGUGCCCGGUCUCGGCGUGCUGACCCCGGUGGGACAACACGUAAUGCCGUUAGGGGUCGUACGGGACCGGAAGACCGAUACGGGGCACCAGGAGACCGAUAUGGGGGACCCGGAGACCGAUAUGGGGGACCAGGAGACCGAUAUGGGGGACCAGGAAACCAAGAUGGGGGACCAGGAGACCGAUAUGGGGGACCAGGAGACCGAUAUGGGGGACCAGGAAACCAAGAUGGGGGACCAGGAGACCAAGAUGGGGGACCAGGAGACCAAGAUGGGGGAGCAGAUGAGGAGGGACUAUGAAGUGUACCGCGUGGUUCACAGCUCGUUGUCCCGCGAGCAGUGGGCCAGACUGCGGACUGUCACUCCGGCGUCCUUCUUGAGGUGUCAGCUCGCCUACGUAGAACUUGCUGCUAUGAUUUCCUACUUCGUCGAUACACCUUACGGGGCUUUAAACAUGCCGGUUCGCGACGUGCUCAUGCACCAGAUGGGUAUACGCGAAGCUGCGCCCAAAUUUCGAUAUUGGAUCACGGGCUGCCUUCUACAACAUUCGGGUGUCAAAAUUGAAAGCCUUGUUGAUCUUUGUGUUCACCAGCUUGGAUACAACCCCUUAUGCGACGCAGAGGGAAAGAAAAUUCUUCAGUGUCUGAAGCGCACGCCCAGCUACAACGAGUAUACCCGAAGGGCAAAGAAGGACGCCGCAAGAUGCAAGAAAAUAAUAGUGAAAAGACUCGCGGGCUUGCCGACUGUGUCGGCAGCGACAUUCGGGGCCAUGACCCAGAGAAGCUUCAGCCAAAGUACUACUCUGAAAAGAUCUCAAGAUACGAGGAAUCCGGAUUCCUGUUCGAAUCUGUUUCAACCACAGCCGCCCUGGGGUAAGUGGAUGUCCUCAGAGGAGCGUACCUUCCCUUGGGCCGCUCAGUAUUGGAGGGCACUGGAAAAAACGGAGUACGACUCGCUGAGGGGUGCGGUGUCGGCGAUCCCUAUGGAGCGCCGGCGCCGCUGGAGGGCAGUUGGUCACCUCCUGCCGCAACAGUUUGAGUGUGACGAAUGGACAAUGACCGUAAACGAUGGACAGCCUAGACCACUGUAUAUCCCCACCCUCGCCUCUUCGCGUAUGCGGAAUAUGGACUCCAACUCGGUCGCGGACGCGGACUCGAACCGGGAUUUUGCAGCUUAUCGAGUAAUUCAAGAUUCCUUGACCGAAGGCCAGUGGAAGAGCUUGAGAACCAUCAAUGCCGCCGGCUUCGCGACCUGUAAUCUGGCUUUCGUGGAACUUGCCGCAAUCAUUUCUUUCUUCGUCGAAAUGCCCUACGGUCUACUUGACCUGAGCUACGCCCGCGAACUAAAUGCGAUGCUGAAUGCCAGCUGUUCCGCAAACAAAUUUCGUUGGUGGGUUACGGGCUGUCUUCUGCAGCAUUGUGGCGUCUCCAUCGGCCGUCUAAUCGACCUUUGUAUCACCCAGCUCGGGUUCAAACCCCCGAUGAAAUAUCCUCUCAGGCUAGAAUGUUUGGCCAAGUAUACAUUAAAAGCAAGACGGUACGUCAGCAGGCGAGAUACGGACGUCAACGAACGUAGAAAAAAUUUAGAGCAAAAACUCCUAGGGCUCCCGAUCGUCACAGCGGAGGAGUUUAGCGGCUUGGACCACGAGUCGCUGCAGAAAACAGUGCAACGACAUGUCCCCGACGUCCCAGAGAGCAGGUCGUCCAGACGCAAACGAACGAAGCCCAAGGGCCCGGACUACGGGUCCCCGGACUACGGGUCCCCGAACUGCGAGUCCCCGGACUGCAGGCCUCCACCGACCAAGCAGGCUGCUACCGGGGCCGAUGUGGGCAGUUGCUUGGCAGCUGACCAGUUCAAGCAUGCCGGGAGCCAGUUCGGGAAUGCCGGGGGCCAGUUCGGGAAUGCCGGGGGCCAGUUCGGGCAAGCCAGGGGCGAGUUCGGGAAUGCCGGGGGCCAGUUCGGGAAUGCCAGGGGCCAGUUCGGGCAGACUAAGCACCUGAAUGUUCGACUGUCUCAAUUAAUAACGGACCUGUCUAAACGGACAUCACUACCACUCCUUCCGCAGCCGGGGUUGCAGCGGUCGUGA